UUGGAAUAUUCCGUACACGUGGUUCAGGUCACGUUCAUCUGCCGAGCUCGUGGUGUUCCCAAACCUGAAAUCACCUGGUUCUACGAAGGAUCGGUCAUUCCUCACAUCAAAGGACGUUUCAUGGUUUCAGAUGAUGGCACUGAGUUGACGAUAACAAAAGUCACUCGCCAAGAUGAGGGAGUCUAUUCAUGCAUGGCUGGUAAUAGCGUUGGGGCUAUGAUGGCUGACGCUAAGCUUACAGUCGAUGGAGAUUUUGGUCGCACUGUGGAUGCGUUUAUUGACGAUGCAACGCUGAGAUCAAUCUCCACACAGGCUAGAGAUAACGUAAACAGAGCAGUAGAUAACACCCGCGUUCGAUUGUCACAAGAUCGCGUCUCUGAUCCCGAAGAUCUUAAAAAGCUGUUCCGAUUUUCGAUUCCGGCUCAGGCGGUAGAGUUGAGCAAAGCUCGUGAUAUCUACGAAGAGAGCGUGAGACUCGUUCACGAGCACAUUCAAAGAGGUCUCCGUUUGCCUGUGGAUAAACUGGCACCGAAGAAUGUUUCCUACGAGGCUGUACUAGCCCCGUCCCAUGUUCAAACGCUGAUGGAAUUGUCGGGUUGUCAAACGGGACAGUUCAAAAGCGCUUGUACUGAUCUGUGUUUCCACAAUAAAUACAGGUCUUAUGACGGUCAAUGCAACAAUUUCGACCACCCGAUGUGGGGAGUGUCACAGAUGCCGUUGCUACGAUUACUUCCACCAAUCUACGAGAACGGUUUCAGUACACCGGUUGGAUGGGAACGAGGACGGCUGUAUAAUGGAUAUCCCAAGCCGAAUCCACGUGAUGUGAGAACUCUUUUUGGAUUUUGGAAACUUCUCUUCAAAGGGUCUCAAUGGUUACUCGGUAGGCCACGAAACCGUCACAAUCCACAUUCGGUAUCUUUUUCAGCAAUGGUGACUGGCAGUGGGGUCCAAUUUGUCAGUAAGGACAAAUUCUCGUUUUCAGAUCAUGAUCUCACUCACACCGCUACUGCGCUGUCAAGACAGAGCUAUGCCUCUGGUGCCAUUUGUAACAGGACUUGCGAGAAUCUUGACCCUUGUUUCAACAUACCGCUAUCGCCUAAUGAUCCAAAACUGCACACUGGAGUGCAUCAGAAGUAUCCGUGUAUUGAAUUCGAGCGUAGCGGUGCGGUAUGCGGUAGCGGAGAGACGUCGCUGAUCUUCCAGCGUGUCACCUACAGAGAUCAAAUGAACAUUAUUACUUCCUAUUUGGAUGGUUCGAUGGUGUACGGUAGCACAGAAGUCCAAGCGCUUGAACUUCGUGAUCUGUUUGGAGACCACGGUUUGCUGCGGUUCGACAUCGUAUCAACAGGACAAAAACCCUACUUGCCAUUCGAGCGAGACUCUGACAUGGACUGCAGAAGAAACUUUUCACAAGAGAAUCCCAUACGGUGCUUCCUAGCUGGUGAUCUUCGUGCUAAUGAACAGCUCGGUUUGACCGCGAUGCACACACUUUUCCUUCGUGAACACAAUCGAAUUGCCGCGAAGCUUCUGGAGUUGAAUGUGAACUGGGAUGGAGAGACGAUUUUCCACGAAGCGCGAAAAAUCGUUGGUGCUAUCAUACAACACAUCACAUACAGUGAAUGGCUUCCAACGAUUCUUGGGAAGGUUGGCUACAACGAAAUGAUUGGCGAGUACGGAGGUUACAAUCCGCAGGUUGAUCCGUCAAUAUCAAACGCCUUUGCUACAGCUGCUUUCAGGUUCGGCCACACUCUCAUCAAUCCGACCCUAUUCCGUUAUGACAAGGACUUCAAUCCGAUCAAAGAUGGACAUAUUUCGCUGCACAAGGCAUUCUUCGCUCCUGAACGACUUCUCUCCGAAGGUUUGCAUGAUCGCUCAUAA